CUAUUUUGCUAAUUCUUGAUUCUCUGUAAUAUAUGCUUGUACUAACCACCAGUUAACCGGUAGACGAAAUUACAAAACCUCGAAUUCUCUUAUCUUUUAUGCUCCUCCAAAAGUGAAAGAUUGCUCUUUAUCAAACGUAUUUUUUAUUUAAGAAAAAAUGGCAAUAUCACCUCCCGCUAUUUAUGACUUUCCGCCGUUUUUUACAAAACAACUCAAUGAAAACACUUGGAAUUUUCAGAAAAGAGCAUGGUCGAAUUGGAUACUGAUGUGGUGUCGGGAAAAUCGAAUCACAAAGCUAUCGUUAAACAAUGAGUUAAUGGAUUCACCACUGCUAUUCAACGCAAAAAUAGAUCGUCAACUACCGUUAGAGGUUUUUCGAGAAGUAGUGGAAGAAAUGACAAAACAGAACCAGGCGGAAUGGGUGUCGUAUGGAAAUAGGAAUGCUACAGAUACAGCAUGGAUAUUCUGGAAGUCGCCCGAUGAAUGGGCCACAGUUAUUAAACAAUGGGUACGGUCAACUAAAACAUUAUUUGCAGUGGUGGAAAGCAUCACAAAGCAUGCAGAAACUGACACACCAAAAAGCUAAGUGAUACAGGUCGUGACGAUAGCGUAUGCACGUUUUACGAAUUACAGGAGCAAUGUUUAGACGUCGAAUGUAUCGACGAAGAUUUACUACUCCGGUGUCUUGAAUUGCUUGAUCGUCAAAAGACUAUCGCAUUAAUGAAGGGGAAAAGUGGACGUUAUACAGGCUUUAAAGUACUUUCCUUGCAGUAAUUGACAAAGAAUGAAAGAUUUAGUGUCGUACUUCAAUUCGGCAAAUGCUUAAGACCCGGGUUUCCUAUUAUUAUUUUUUUGCUUGAAAAUAUCAUACGCUUUGCGACUAUGAAGCUUUCCUAGCAAACGAGACCUUGAUUGACGUUUCGCCCAGGAGCAUACCAGUAGUACUGUCCCUAGCAAUUGCAGCGUCGUUUUCAUUUUCGAAUUCAACGAAUGCAAUUCCUCGACGACCUGGAACCAUACGAACUUCAGUAAAACCUUGAUAAGUACCAAAAAUUUGAUUGCCUUGCGAUGACCGGACCGCUGAGGCAUAGGCCGUAAUUCUCCCUGUUGUCGCAUUCUUUCUCGCUCAGCGUGACGCUUUUUCUUGUUUUCUUGAAGAACCAAUUCUCCUUCAUCACGUUGAACAACAAUAUCACUUUUUGAAUUGCUAAACUGAAUUAACAUCGGUUUCCCAUACAAAGGGAAGCCUUGUAAAUCUUGCAGAGCUUGAGCAGCACAUCUUCCGUCUUCGAACACCACAAAAGCUUGUCCUCUCAUCCGUAAUGUUUUUCUCGCGUAAACAUGAAGUAUCUUCCCGUAUUUUCCAAAUAGAUGUUCGAGAAUUCUUUUCAACAUUUCUAACUUAAUUCUUUCCUCUAGAUUUCGUAUGUAAAGAGUUUCAGAUAAUUGCUGACCAUUCGUAACAUCAUUAUCCGUUGCCUGUUGUCCGUUCGUAGUCCCGAUUUCCAUGAUUCCAAUUUUGUCGCGUCAGUGCGUCUCUGGCUGUGUUUGCGUGAAAUGACCCCAGACGCGAAAAUUAGACUUUUUCGCUAAUUUCUA